AUGCUGGAGAAGGAACCGGAUUCGAUGGCCGUUACGAUGAAGCAGGAUUACGCUGCUAGUGAAGUGUACAGCACCACCAGUGAAGCACCACCCGCCUACAAAAUGCGUCAAGCAAACUCGGUGAAGAUCGCCAAGAUUAUCGCCAUCACCGUGGUGCUGUCGUCCUUCAUUCUGGGAUCGUUCAUCCUAGCCUCGUCCUACCUGCAGGCGAAGCAGUCCUGCGACCAAAUGCAGGCCCUCGAUGCCGUCCUGAACAAGGAGCUGAUGUUGGAGGCGAUGCAGCAGGAAUUGCCAAAGGCGCAGGCUUUGAUGCAGGACAACCUCUCGGCCGACGAAAGCAACCUGCAGACGAUCGAUCGGGACGAGAGCAAGAAGCGUAAGCAGGAGGAUUCGCACAAGCACCACAAGGAGGAUUCGGACGAAUCGGGAGACUCCGAGGAUGAGGAUGAUUCCUCGAACGAUGGCGAAAGCGAUGAGUCGCUCGACAUGAACAACCGUCACCGCGUCAACCUGCCGCUGGAUCUGCACUUGACCGAUCUGGCCAGCGCUAUUCUUCGGGAAAACCAGAAAUCCCGCAUGAACUGCAUCGUUGAGCGACGCCGUUCUGAGGAGUUGGUCGAUUCGCCACCGAAAAUGGUGCGCCUGCCAUUCGGAAUGGAUCUGACCACGGACCCGAAGCAGCAGAAGGUUACUGGUGAGCGUAUAGCCAUCUUCUGCGAAUCUGGCAAUGAGUUGAAGAACGAGGACGCAGAGCCUGUCCGUCAGGUCUUGAUCCCGAUCCCACCGGUUCGCUCGUUCGGCCCAAUCACGCACCUGCCGCAGCAAAUGGGACCCCCGGCACAGACCAUCAUUCGCCAGAUGCCACGGCCAAUCUUCCCGAUGCCAUUGAUGAACCCCCACCAUCAACAACCCCAGCAGUCCCAGCAGCAACUGCCCCCGAUUCCGGCCCAGAUGAUGCAAGCGCCGCACCCGGACGCACCGAUGGGUCGCCCGAACUUCCAUCCGUUCCUGCAGCAGCUGCCCCAGAUCAUGGCCGCUCAGAUGCACCAGCAGUCGGCUCAGCAGCCCCAACCGGCCAUGCCGCCACGCACUGAGGUCCGCAUCCAUCUGCAGCGCAUUCCGAUUCCGGAGAUAAUGCGCCCAUUCUUGCCGCCCCAGAUCAUGCGCAACCAGCCGGAACCGGAGCAGCAGCAGCAGCAACAGUCGGCGCCCCAGCCGCAGGCACCCCAGCAGCAGGAGGUCCAAAUCCGCGAGAUGCCGAUCGAUAUGGCGAUCCACAAGUUCCCCAUGCCGUCGUCGGAUGAGAUGAACGUCGCCGACUUUGCUGCGCAGAAGUUCACCGAGCAGCUGCGAUCGCUGAUUGCCCGCAUUGCCGAAUCGGAGGAAAGCGAUGAAGAGACCGACUCCUACCGUAACGUGCCCGAUCAGGAAGGACCGUCGCCCCAUUCGGAUGAGCGUGAGCUGCAGGAGCAGCAGCCACCCCGCCCGACCGAGCCGGAAAUGGCGCAUCAGGAGGAACAGGAACAGCAGGCCAACCAGCAGUCGGAGCGACAGGCACCAGCGCAGCAGCAGCAGCAGCCGCAACAGCCCGAACCGCAACCGAUGCUUCCGAUGGGACGGAUCCACUACGGUCGCAGUCUGCUAACGCCGAUUAGCUUGCCCGGAAAGGUUGUGGAAACUUCCGCCUCCGAGGAGGACGCUGUCCGUCCGCAUUAUGUCCAGCCACGAUCGGUUUAA